AUGCCAGGAGAGCUCGUCUAUACUAACUGGCCAGACGAUUUUCUCUGGGGUGCCAAUGCUAUACAAGAAGCACGAUAUGCCAUCGGAGCCGUAUAUGCCUUGCAGAUUUAUGAGUGGUUCACCGGGUUGGAAAAAGAAAUUCGUUUGGUUUACCAUGCCAAAUGGAACUCUGUAAAAGUGGCCUAUCUUCUCUGCCGCUACUACCCACUCCUCCUCUGGCCUGUUGUAAUGUGGGCUUAUCUGCUGGAUCACCCAGAGGCGCUCUGCGCACGCAGUGGGAAGCCUAUUCACGUUCUCCUCGCUCCUUGCCAAUUCUUUCCUCAAGCCGUUAUGUUCAUGAGGGCGUACGCGUUCUCAGGACGCAGCUCCACUGUGCUCGCCAUUCUGAGCAUGUGUUAUGUCGCGUUGGUUGGAGUUGACCUCUGGGCCUUCUGCAUUGGCGUCAAGAUGCCACCAAAACUUUUCUACUGGGCUUUCGGAGGAGAAUCGGGAUGUUUCCCGGAUUAUGGGUCGGAUGUUAUGGGCUUGCGUAUAGGAUUCUCGAUGCUGGCGGCUGUCCUCAUGGAUCUGGUGUCAUUGGUGACGGUUCUUAUCUACUGUAAAAGGGAGAGCGACCAUCGCGGGGGUUCUCUCACUCGAUAUUUUAUCAAACAAGGUCUGAGCUCCUUCGUGACGGUCACGGUUGUGAAUGCCGCAGCCGCCAUCACUUUCUUUAAACCGCCAAGCUAUCACACGGGCGUCGGUCUCCCUCUGAUUUUGGUUGUCCCCAACCUAGUGGCUUGUCGAGUGAUUCUUCAACUGCGACGGAAAGUCUCCCCAACAGAGACAGAACUCUGGAGAGAGCAUUCCAUGCUUGUCAACGAGGCCCUCGCCACCACGGAACGGGACAUGUGGCUCAUGGACAGUGAAGAGGACCUGCCUUCCAGCCAUACCCAUACCCUCCGGACACUUCCCAAAUAG